AUGGAGGAACCAGCACAUGAUAGCAUUACUACUACUGCUACCACUACAAUAACAACAACGACUACAAUCAUCUCUCCUCCAGAGUCCACUCCCAAUUAUUAUGAACUUGGCGUACAGCACAAAGCAACAGACAACUUACCUAGUGCUCUUCGUAUGUUUGAAAGCGAAAUUUCGCAGAAUCCAAAGAACGCUGAAGCAUGGUUACAACUGGGCAGAACGCGUGCACUUCUUGGUCACAAUACGGAAGCAUUAGAUGACUUACUUCAUGUAACACAUCUCGAACCAACAAACCAUGAAGCGUAUUACUUCCUUGGAUGUGUCUACAAUCUUUUGGGAAGGUAUAAGGAGGCAAUUGAAGUUUUAACAACAGCAAUAGAGAAAGCAAGUGGUACAGCUAGCUCUAAAUAUUAUUACAAGCUAGCCUAUGCAUGCCAAAUGGAUGGACAAUAUCGAGAAGCAGCUAAAAGCUACACGAAAUAUCUGUCUGUUGUGAGUGAAAACGAUUAUUCGGCUCUAUUAAAUCGUGGUCUCUGUUACUAUAGUAUGACUCAGUAUAAUAAGGCCUUAACUGAUUUUGAAAAAGCAGUUUCUGUAAGCAGUGAAGAAGCUAAGCUCUAUUGCUUGUGUUGUCGUGGUCGUGCAAAAGCUAAACUUGGGGAUCGGAACGGAGCUGAAGAAGACUUUAACGAAGCACAGAGAAAGAGUAGUUCACCUUCACUAUCAUUCGAAGCGGGAAUAACAAACAAUGAACUUCACAAACAUCGGGACGCUAUUGAAAAUUAUAGUCGAGCUAUCGUACAGAAUGAGCACAAAGCCGAUUCUUAUUUUCGUCGAGGAUUAAGUUACGCUAUUCUGAAACAGUAUGAUAAAGCAGUAGCUGACUAUACAAGAGCUAUUGACGAGAUACCGGGAAAUAACCAUCCCCGUGCUUAUUUCCGAAGAGGCUCUGCCUAUGUAGCACUGAAUAAACUCGACGAUGCUUUAAGUGAUUAUACAAGAGCUCUACACCUAGCUCAAUAUCACAAAGACGUUUAUCUGAUGAGAGCACACCUGUAUUUGCAAUUAGGACGUGCCGAAGAAGCGACAGAAGAUUUUAGGAAAGCUACAUUUUGCGAACAGGAAGAGCCACUGGAGGAUGAUAUUCCUGGUAAAACUGAGCAAGAAGAUCCCACACCUAAGUCAGAACCACCUCCAAUUAUUAUUGAUCCUAAUAGUCCUUUUGGUGUUUUGAAAAAUGGGUUGGAAAAGGAGAGAGCUGAGGAAUACCGUGGUGCGAUAGAUACUUAUAAUCAUCUGUUCGAUUUUGAUCCAGAACUCUUUCAACAGCAACUCGACAAACAAGCCCAUCAGCGAGAUUUCAACAGAACACAAGCACAGGCUGUUAAGGAUACACUACAGAAGCAUAAUGAUGCAAUGAAAAAAUUUGGAAAUAAUAUGAAUUUGAAAGUUUUUUAUGCAAGUAUACUCUUUCAGCUUGAAGAGCUCUUUAUUGGGUGUAAAACAGUUGCAAGCGGCAGAGUAAACCCAAGCGAAGGACGACUUGGACAAACUGGUAAUGUCAUGAAUUUAGUUGGUCAAGUUAUAACACUAGUGCCUGUUGCUGGUGAUAAAAUAAGCGCAAUUCUACAAGCGGCAGCUACUCUGGUAAAGAAGAUCGAUUCUAACCGUCAAAGAAAUAUUAUGACGGCCAUAGCUCAUUCAGGCAUUCUAUUAUAUCUAUGGGAAGUAUCACAAUCAGUUGCACAAACAUUGGCAGAACGUUAUCAGCCACUUAUAGAGCAAUUACGUCAGCCAGACGAUGGGCAGGAUAAAACUCAACCUGUUGGAGCACGAGCGGUCGAAAUUGUUGAAUCAGAGUACUGUAAAUGUUAUACCAAGACCAGACAAACGGUUUUUCAAGAAGCAGAAAAGACAGAAGCCAAAGAAAUUGGCGAAUAUGCAGUUGUUCUUAUGUUAGCGGCUCUACAGGACAGCAAAAUUGCAGGAGACGGCCUCAGUCAGUCAUUAGACCAAGAAUUACUACAGGUUGUUUGUAUUCCUAUGAAUGAAGAGAACAAAAAUACUGAAUUUUACUUCAGCAAACGGCUCAUUGUGACAAAAAUGGAUAAGACAUGGACGUUAGAUGGAUUUUAUCGGAAACCUGGAAUUCGUAUAAAGGAUGAAGAAGAGCAAUAUGCAAGCGAUGAAGCCAAGAAAACAGACUCUAAACACUACGGAUUUCGAUUAGGUACAAAAGCAGAGGUAGAACAGCUGGGAUUGGUGCGAGUACAAAAAUGA